AUGCACUAUGCGUCACGCCUGCCCAAUUUUCGCUGGCCAUGGCUCUCUGGACUCCAUGAUUCCCGACAGUGUUGUGUGCUAUCGAGUGUCUGCAGCCAGUGGAGGGAGGUCGCCCUUGGAUUUGCUGAUCUAUGGAACACUAUUGAUCCAGUUCAUCACCCCCUCACAAUAUCCACAUUUUUGGAACGCUCCAAGGCGUCCUUACUCCACUUGAUCACAAACCAUCUUAGCAACCAUACAUCAGAUAUUCAGAAUAUCGUCAAAUGCUCUGGACAUCGCAUAUGCUACCUAGACUCCGUAUUCCCACCUUCUCAUAGAGACGAUGCCAUUCGCCUCGCGAACCUCUGUGCUGGACAACUGAAGGCGUUGGAAUUCGAGUGCUUGCAAGAGCUUGGUGCACGGGUCCUUGUAGACGAAGGUCGUCUGAACCAGAAGUUGUGCAGCAAUUUUCCUCGAUUGCGACAACUUGCUUGGAAUGACAUGCCAUGGUUGCCUACCAAUCGCUUUGAUGCCUUGACCCAUCUCUACCUCGUCAAAUGCAGAUUGCUAAGUCCGCAGACUCUUUCCAACCUCUUAUCGGGCACUCCGAAUCUCGAAACCCUCGUAUUUGGUGACCUUGCCGAAUUUGCGCAAACUUUACAUCGCUCCAGAUUGCUGUUACAUGUCCGGCGACGUAUUGACCGCAGGGCUCCUAUCGUGGUUCACCUUACUUCCGCGUAUGGCACUUUGGUCAAGGCCCGCCAAUGUAUCAAAAUUGUGUCUGCCAGAGGGUUGCCUGCCCUCAGGGUCAUCGAAUGCAACUAUCUGCUUAUGGAGAUGCUCUGUCAGAUCUUCAUAUGGUCUGCAGUGAAGGCGUCCACACCGCUCUGCCCUGCUCUUCAGACGCUGCGCUGUACGGGAGGCGCACCCUUCGUUCUCCUCAGCAGCCUGCUAGAAGUCCGGGCGCGACGCGGACUUCCCCCUCUCCAACAUCUCGUUAUUGAUGGCCUUUCUCCUCGUGAUCGAGCUCGUUUUUACGAGAUUUUCAAUUCGCGUGUCAUCACCUUCGAAGCCCCUGAGAAAGCAGAGGUGCGCAGCAUGGCUCUGCCUGCUGUUUGUACGGAAGAGCGGCACAAGUACUGGCAGUGGACGUAG